AUGAUUAUCAACAUUGUGUCAUCUUGGAGUGACCGAGAGUUUUUUUCGAGCUCGAAUGUGGAUUUGGAAGAACUACAUAAUUUUGGUAUAAUGAGAAGGGCAAUUGACACUAUACAUCAAAAUGACAUGGACGCACUGAAGGUGGUCCUAACUCAGUGUCCCUUUAAUGAUUAUCGGGAUUAUCGAGGUCAAACAAUUUUACAGUGGGCGGCAUCCUAUGGAACAGCUGAAAUGGUUGAAUUUAUUUACUCGAAUCUGCCUGAUGACCACAAGUAUGAUCCAGAGGCACUUUUGCUAACUGUGCUUCGGCAUCGUAUGGAUAACUGUCGGACUCUACUACAACACAGGGAAGUUGUAAGUGACGGUGACGUGUCGUCAAUUCUCCUAAGAUCUGGCAAUCUUUCAGUGGCAGAGAGGAAUGAAGUGGAAGUUCUAAGGAGAGCCGCUCAAGGUGGAAGUCGGACCCCAACUGGAGAGGAUCCACAAGCACCCGCAAUGGAAAAUCUUCAGACAGAGGUGGAAUUCGACCAAGAUGAUUCUCAAGUACCUAAAACGAAAUCAGUGAGCAUGAUGGUGUACAUCUUUGUGACCGAAAUUAUACCCGUUUUGAUAACUGCACAUAAUCGUUCAAGCAAUCCCACUAUCAGGCGGAUUGCAAUUUACCAAGUUCGACGAUUGAUUGGGUUACUACCAGUUCAUCAUCUGGAAUUUAUUAAUGAGCUGACAUUCCAUGGACGAGAUCUUUGCCACUGGCUUUGCGGUCUCAUUAAUACGUCAUUUUGCCAUGAUGUUGGAUUGGCUUGUGAGGAAUCGGUGUUACUUUACAAUCAACUUCUCUUCAUGGAUUCCAGAUUCUAUUAUGACUUGUCAAAGCUAUACAAUUUCAAAACUUCCCUUGAAUACCUCCGAAAUCAGCAAUUGUUUGGGAUACUUCAACAUCUAGGCCUAUUUGAAGGUGAAAGGAAUGAAGCCAAUUCGAUCAUUUCCAGUCUUCAAAGUACCUAUCAUGUGCAAUUUUGUGAUUGGUCAGUUUUCAGACUGGGUGAAGUCCUUUUAAUUUACAAUGAUGUUGCAAUCUGUGUACUUAAAUACGAUGGUAUUAAUGGGAUCAGCAACGCGUGUGUAUAUACUACUGAAAUAGGAGAUGAAAUUGUCACCUGUUCAAGUCCUGUUAGAAGGAGUGAAAUAAACAGCAUAGCACAUCAGCUAAUAUAUUUAGUAGAGUUCGUUAGAAAAAUAAACAACCCAAGAUUGGAAUCAGACGUACGGCGACAUCAUAAAGAGACCACGCCAGCGAAUUCCUCGAAUAAGAGCAGCCAUCCUUUGCCAUCGACUUCAAAGGCAUUUCAUCCAAACACUAUCCACUUGUGUCGAAUAAGAGAAACAAUGGUAUCUAUGGAGCCAUUUGAAAUGGAGUUCUUUCAAGCAGAAAAUGAAGAGUACUUCCUUCGAGUCAAAGUGGGCAAUGAGAAUUUCUUCCUCUUCUCAGAAUCGCCUUCUUAUACUAUUUACCAUGUCCGUGAAUAUCCCAUGCAAAUCAAAAUGGAAGAAGGUACACCAGUGGUGAAGCAGUUCCAAAUUAAUGAAAGAAUUUAUCGAGUUGAUUAUGAAUCUGGAAGUUUGACCGAAUCACUACCAUUUACACAAACUUUAUCUUCUCCAAGAUGGUUAAUUCGACAAGAGGCAGAAGUCCCAUCCAAGUUGAGUAUUAUUGCUAACGAAAUAUCUUCUUUAUUGUCUAUUAAAAACGAGGGUUAUGAGCUUGAGUCCCUAAAGAAAAGCUUUUGCAGAUUAAAAAAACAACUUUUAAAGGAUCCCAUCACUAUUACCACGAAUGUGGUCAUCACAAGUGGCAUUGUUCGAGUUCUUUUGCAAUGUUUAUCAAUUUCCCCUUCCACUACCAAAUCAGAUGUGAAUGAUGAAUUAACACAGAUGGAUCGGCUAGAUGCUCUAAUGAAACGUCGAGAAGUCUUCCUCUCCGUAUUCGAUCACGAAAUAGCAUUUUAUAAGCUAAUUCAAUGCAUUAAAGCAGCAUUUGAGGAAAUUGAACACUUGCCGCUAUAUUUAUUUAACCACCUGCAAUCUUGCAGAGCAAUAACAGAAGAUAGCCUUGGAAUCGAUGAUAAAGAAGUAACCCAUGUAUCGUAUCAGAAGGUUGGCAGUGAGGGAGGUAUAGAAUUCGAUAUUCUUCGACUUCUUUCUCAUUUCCUCUACACACAACGCUCCAAUAGUAAUCUCGAAUUACACAAUCCUUUAUUCACUUGGAAUGCUGACCUCUGCAUGGAAGACUCCUCGAUGCCGAUAAAGCUAAACUUUAGAAAUCCAUUUUCGCUGAAUCAGGUUCAAAGAAAUCGUAACUUCAACUUCCUCCUACAUUGGUCAGAGACUAGCGAAAAUAUAGGGUCUUAUAUGCUAUAUUUGGGAUCUUACCCAUUUAAACGAAUUAACCUUGCGGUGCCCUAUAUCCAGUGGCUGAGUAGCUCUGGAGAGACCAGAAGUAAUUGGAUUGACGCGGUAUACAGAGGCUAUAUUCGAGCCUACUCCUUUCUUCCCAACUCUCAGGGUGUUUAUCACUCUGGUGUAGAUAUUCCACUCUUGAGAUCUCCAUUUUCAGAACAAUGCAUCGUGUGCAAAAACAAAGCUAUCACAAACUCUCACUUUCCUGAUAUUGAUUUUGAUAUUUGUUUUAUGAAUCUUCAAGUGGGGGCACGGUAUGUGAUUGACUUGCGUGCUGAUCUUGUUCUGCACUGCUACUGCCUGACCACUCUUAGAAAUGUAGAUAAAAAUGAGGAUAUUGUAAACUGGUGUCUACAGGCAUCUAAUGAUGGAAAAAGUUGGAUCACGCUAAAAGUGCACAAAAAUGAUAGAACUCUCAACUCAGAGGAACCAGUGAUCUUUGAAAUAGAGCAUCGACUGAGCUUUCGUAUCUACCGCAUCAUGGAUUUGUCUCCCAUAAAUCAACAGGGUCGACUGCAUGUUUGUGGACUCGAUUUCUACGGUACCAUUGUACGAUUUCACCGCAAGCCACUUGAAUUAAACGUUUUGGCCCAGGUUCCAGAAUCAAUACGAUAUGAUACACCCUCGGAGGUCCCAACGGUAGCCGAAUUCUACAUGACGAAUCUAAUGAAAUCAAUUAGAGAUGGCGAAUUUCACGUUCAUCCUAGCGGUUUUUCCGGUUCUGUAUAUAACUUAGCUACAGGCUGGUCAGCUGAAAGUAGUCAUGAACGUGUGGGUUACAGCCACAUGCAACUGCUGAUCUCACCAUUAACAAAAGAUUACCUUAGAAUUGCUCAAAAAAUGCAAUCCCAAUGGCCAGUGUGGCGAUUACAAUUCGAGUUGGUUGUCAAGCAACAGAAUGGAGACGACAUCGCAUCAUAUCCCAUUUUCGACUUGAGACAGCCCUUAUUUACCUAUUUAGUAAGCCUUGUUGAGCAAUUGGUGUUGAAGAGGAUUAGUAUUAAUACGCUACGAGAUGCAAAACUAAUCAUAAGGAUGAAAUCUGCAUCUCCAACAGAAAAGGAGGACCUCAAACAGGAGUGGACGAGCAAAAGGGGAGGAUUGUUAUCAGACGGGGACUGGAAUGUAGUGACCCGGCGGAACGAAUUCUGCCACUCAAUUCCAGGGAAAGCAACCAAGAAAUGUGUAAACAAGGAGGCGGCAGAGGAUAUGCUGAAAUUGAUCCAAUUACUUCACCAACUCUUCCGAUCCAGAGUCGAAUCUAUGAAAACUGAUGGCAGGAACGAUUUCAUUUCUGAGCAUAUCACUCGUAAAAUCAAGCGUCAAUUAAAUGAUAACGUAGCAGUAAUGACCGGCCCUACUUUCCCAAAUUGGUGCUUUAAUCUGCUUCAAAAGAUGAAUUUCCUCUUCACAUUUGAGUUUCGCCUUGAAAUUUUCAGAGCCUGUGCAUUAGGACCUGCAAGGUCAAUGAAGUGGAUUCAAGACAAUGGGCAAAAGCAGGAUCCAAAAUAUGCCAAUGAUCACUUCUACUCAUAUCUGCCCUACUCCAUAAACCCCAUGUUCGAAGACUUGGAAAGUCUAAGCUUUCGUCAAACUUUUAAGGAAAUCUACUUUUGGAACCAAGAAGCAGUGGACGGAACAAUUGUCACAGACUGCACAAAGAUAAUCCGAAACCUGACUGAAGGUGACAAUGCUGGAGUAUUUUUGAAGUGGGCGGAAAGAGUUUUGGAGGAGAACGCAGACAGAAUGACAAACCUUACAAUAGGCUUCAAUGGUUAG